CAUUCUCAACCCCAUUGCUUUAUUAAAUUCAUCAAUUCACCCAUCCACCCAUUCUUCGGUACACAGCUUUCAAUUAUCAUCAACAACACUCGCAUAUCAUCCAUCUCAACCGCACACAAAACACACACUUCUCGAUUCUUCAUUGCCAUCUGCACUCGGAACAUCGUCAUGCAUUCAUCAAUUCUUGUUCUCGUGGCUGCCUUCGCCUCUGUCAUGGUUCGUCUAUAAUGCUUCAACGGCUUGUCUAUCAAUUCUAACACAACUACUAGGCUUCUCCCCAACGGGCUGGUCCCCUACCACCCAGUACGCCUACUGCCUUCGGCUCAUCAAGUGUCACUCCUGCUCGUGUCCUUCCUGCGACACCCAUCAAGUCCACGUAUUCCCCAACGACCACUGCAACAGGUCUUCCUCUCGGUGCCGAAUGCCAUCGCAAAAUUGCCGGUGCCUGUGCUAAUGGGGUCGAAUGCUACGCCACAAACGUCCUCUUGAAGCCUCGCUGUGGAAAUUACAAGGCCCAAUGUACCACGGAUGAUCAGUGUGCCUACCAUCUUUGCGUUCGCGAAAUGUGCGUAGGUUUCAAGCAAGUCAACGGCACCCGUCCAUCCACGAUUGGUCUUGCAUCUGGAGGUUCAGUCCCAACUCCUCCGUCUAACUCUGGUGGCAAAUCUGGUGGCAACUCUUCUGCAAUCUUGUCUCUUACUGGUCCUACUCCGACUGGACCUGCUCAAGCCAAUGAGGUUGCCAGAAUCGGAGGCAGCCUGGCAGGAUUGCUCGCAUUAGCUGCACUUGUAGCUCUGGCUUUUUAGAUCAGGGGAAGGCGGGGGGGGGCAUAUUUUGGAGGUCAUUUGAUGGCGUUUCAAUGGAGGCACAGUUUCUCAUAUGGAUGGUGG